UUUAUUUUUUUUUACACAACGAUUUUAUCAAGUGAUUUGAAAAGAAUGGAGACGAGGAUGAUGAAAAAGAAGAAAUUCGAAAAAGAAUCGAGGAGAAGAAGAGGUUCCCCAAACAAUAUCCCAAAAGAAAUAAUAGAAGAAAUCUUGUCAAGACUCCCUGCCAUAACCCUGGCCCGACUCAAAACCGCAUGUAAGCAAUGGCUGUCUCUAAUCUCCCAUCCAUCUUUCGCACAGUUACGCCACUCUAGAAACCCCGCUACUACUUCCGGCUUUUUCGUCCACGCUCACAACAAACAGACUGACCAACACUAUAUACUAAAAACAACCAGUCCUAAUCGCGGACCUCUUAUCCAUCUCCUCACCAUCAAUAAAGUUAAAAAUACUUGGACGGGUUACACUAGAACCGAACAUAUUAAUGGUUUAGUAUUAGUUACCAGCAAUGUUUUUGCUUACGUUGUCAACCCUACAACUCGACAAGUCUUUAAUCUCCCUUUUCCGCAGCCUGCUACUGCUGCUCCAAAUAAUGUUAAUGUUGAGACACAAAUUAUUUGCAGGCGGUAUAACUUUUUUGGGUUCGACCAAUCCCAAAACCAACAUAAGAUUUUGCACAUGAGGCUGCUUCGUUCUGCUGCUUCGGAUGUUAUAACAGCAGAGUUUGAGGUAUUUUCUUUGUCGGAUUAUUCUUGGAGAAAACUCGAUAACCCCACCACCCUUCCUGCUGAUCCUAUAAAUAUUGUCCUUGUUGCUCCUGGUUUGAAAAAUAGUGUUUGUGUCAAUAGUGUCAUACAUAUGAUGCUUCCCCAUGAAUUAAAGAAAAUCUUGACGUUUGAUUUGAUUACUGAAUGUUUUUCGGUAAUUGACUUACUUGUAGAUCUUCCACCUAAGCCAUACACAAGAUACCAUAGUGUACAAGGCCAUAUACUUAGAGACACCAUCCCUUUACUCACUCAAAUCAAUAAUGAUGGUGGCUUAUUAUUAGGACUUGUUUGUCAUGAUCGGUUGGUGGAAACCAACGAUAUGGAUAUCUGGAUAUUACAAGACCAUGAAAAUCGCGGUGUUUGGGCCAAGAAAACCAUUACUUUGUCCGCCGACAAGUUGAUUGGUGAGGAAGGGCCUUUACCGUGGGAUUAUUGUGAUAAGUAUAACAAGAUUGUGUUUUCGUGUCAGAGAAUGUUGUCUAAGAAAAAGAGGGUGUCUAAGAAGAAGAUGAAGAAGGAUGUCAUCAUCGGAGUACCUGUUUAUGACUUGAAACAUGAACGUUUUAAAUCAUUAAACUUUGUGAUUGGUGAUGAUCAUCCGUUUCUACAUCCUAAAAACGUGUUCAUUGAAUUUAAGAGCUAUAUUGAAACCAUCUAUCCUUUGAACCACAACAUCUGAAAGAUCCAACCGUAGACUGAGCCAAUUCGCCAGUAGUGCAUACGCCGCAUUUCAUCCUGCUGACGUUGAUCCUAUAUUGCGCUAGUUUCGUUUGGACUUAAUUAGUUGAUAUUAUACGACUAGUAGUAGUAAAUUUAUGUGUUUUUUUUUUCUUGUUCCAGUUUUUUAUCUUGACUUGUGUAUGAAACUUGUAUUUAUCUGCAAAAGGUUCUGUUUUAUA